AUGGUGAACAACACCACGACCACGACCCUCCCCGUGCCGGGCUGGACUCCGGCCAAGCGCCUGGUGAAUGACUACGAACCAUCCACGUCUGGCGCCAGUGCAUACUCCGCCGACACGGGGGCUGAGGUCGAAAAGGACUUUUUAGAGCCCGUCCGCCCUACCACAGCCAAUCCCUUCCCUUCACGCACACGGAGCUUCAGCUCGACGGUACACUGGCGACGACGACCCAAGUCAUUGCUCCUCAGCUCAGAGAACGACGACACCCAAACUCCCUCGGUCUUUCCCGAACCCGCAGAAGAGGACACCCGCUCCGAGUCUCAGGAUAGCAAUGGCUCGCUCAAGGGAAAGUUUAGGCGCGCUUCUCUGAGCCUCAUGAAGGGUAUCGUACAUCGCCGGGAUCGCCGAAGUUCAGAGCCGGAAAAGACCCUGGAAUUCACAACACAGCACACACAGCAUCAACAUACGAGAUCUUCUACAGCACAUUCAGCCUGGAACAAGUUGCGGCAGGCCGCCAGCUUCAAACACUCCAAGAUGAUCAAUGGCGGACGAGCUAACGCCUUGGACACCAUCUACUCACCCAUUGAGUCGACAUUCUCUAAUGUGCCCAUUCCUGGCAACGGCCUCCAGCCCCCCAUCAUUCCGUCGCACACUGGCGCCGCAGCUAAAGCCUCGGUCGUGUCCCACAACGAAUACUUGGCCAUGCUACAGCGAGAGGAAUGGCUGGCAGAUCAGGUGCAGAAUGAUCGCGAAAGUGGAAUCGGCAUCUCCAUCAUGAACUCCGAUGAAACUGAAGUGGCCGUGAGAGAGAACACACGCAUUAGCAGAGUCGACUUCAUCUCUCGACUGCCCGCCGAGCUUUCCAUUCGCAUCCUCUCCCACCUCGGUGCCAAUGGCCUGACUGCUGCUGCGCGUGUGUCCAAGAAGUGGUACGACGUUACACAGGACUGGCAGAUCUGGCGACAGAGUUUCCUGCGUGAGAAGACGGCUACAUAUGCAACCGCUGCACCCAUUGAGCCUGGCACAGGUUUUGGCGUCCCUGCUAUCCUUCCCGGAAACGAUUGGCAGAAAAUUUACAAGGCAAAGCAGCAGCUGGAGCAACGUUGGAACCAAGGCACCUCAUUCCGUUCUGUCUACUUGAACGGCCACCUUGACAGUAUUUACUGCCUUCAGUUUGAUGAAUCCAAGAUCAUCACUGGCUCAAGGGACAAGACCAUUCGAAUUUGGGACAUGCACACCUUCCAGUGUCGGCUCGUUAUUGGACCUCCCGAGGUCGUCAAUGACACUUCAGUACUGUUCGAUGCCAACGGCCGCCCUCUACACUAUGUGUCAGCACCAGAUAGGGCGCGCAACCACGAGUCGGUCCCAGCUGUCGUCUCUUUCCAACUCCAUCACAAGGCUUCUAUCUUGUGUCUCCAGUACGAUGAGAAUAUUCUCGUGACUGGUUCCUCAGAUGGCUCGUGCAUCAUUUAUAACGUCAAAUCUGGCUAUCGCCCCAUCCGGCGCCUGGAACACCACACUGCCGCCGUUCUGGAUCUUGCCUUUGACGACAAGCACAUUGUCACGUGCUCCAAAGAUAUCAGCAUCUGUGUCUGGGACCGAGCGACUGGCGCUAUGCUUAAGCAGCUCAAGGGUCACACUGGUCCCGUCAACGCUGUUCAGCUGCGUGGCAACAGUAUUGUGUCCUGCUCUGGCGACUUCAAAGUUAAGCUGUGGAACAUUGACAGUGGCAAAGUCGUUCGCGAAUUCGAGGGCCACACCAAGGGUCUUGCCUGCAGCCAGUUCUCCGAGGAUGGCCGAUACAUUGCAUCUGCUGGUAGCGACAAGAUGAUCCGUAUUUGGGACGCGAGAACGGGCGAGUGCAUUAGGGAGAUGCAGGCACAUGACAGCCUGGUCCGCAGUUUGCACAUUGACAGUGUCAGCGGACGUCUAAUCAGUGGAAGCUACGAUACCGAUAUCAAGGUUUUCGACAUGGCUACGGGCGACCAACUUCUCGAUUUCCCCCGAUGGCACGCAAGCUGGGUGUUGAGUGCCAAGAGUGAUUACAGACGCAUUGUCAGCACCGGACAAGACCCCAAGAUCCUUAUCAUGGAUUUUGGCCACGGCGUCCAGAAUAUUGGAAUGCUCGAACGCACGCCCACGGCUGAUGUGGCACGCGAUGCUGGAUUCAUCUAG